UUAUAUAUUUUAAUAUUUUCAUAAUUAGUUUGUUAAUUGUAUUUUCGAAGGGCACUAUUGGGUUUUGCAUAUCAUUUGUCUAAUGGAACAAUUAUAUGUUGAGAUUAUCCCAUAAGGAUAAUAUAUGUGAUUUAAAAAAACAGUUUCCCCUCAAAAAAAUUAACCAAAAUAAAUUACCUGAUUUACUGCCAAAACUAGUUUUUCACAAAUUUCAGAAUUAAACUUAAAAUUGACAUUUGUUAUAUGUUUCCAGUUUUGAUUAAAAAACAAAUCUUUAUUUUAAGUAAUAGAUUUUUUUCAAUUUAAAUUACAUGUAACUUUCUUUAUUCAUCAUUUUAAAUAUUUAAUUAUAUAAUCUCAAAAAAAUAUUUAAUUAAAUUGUAUUUAUCAUAAUAUUAAUAGGAAAAUUAUAUAGAUUUACAUUUAUGUUUAUUUAAUAAAAAUAAAAUUAAAACUUGAAAAUUCAGCUGGAUUGGUUAAAAUCGGUUCCCAAAUUAAAGUUCGGUCUGGUUUUUAAAACCGGUACAUGCUCCGAACUACGUCGUUUGGGUAGCACUUUAUAUUAUUUUGCUAAAGAGCCCUAACUUGGGGGAUGUGAUGGAGAAUAUAAAAGGGUAGAAGAUAAGCGGCGGAAAACGCGAGGAAGCUCUCCCUUUAUAACUUAAUCCUUUUUCACUUCUCAAUUUGAAUUCAAAAUCUAUUUCUCUUCCUUCUACCAUCUGAAUCUCACUCACUCAGCACCCGGAUCCUAAACCCUGAAAUCAUUUCUUCGAAUCUUCACUUCUCUGGGCGCUUCUUCUGCUCUUCUUCCCAAAUCUCCCUAUUUGGACUCGGUCUGCGCAAUUGGGCAUCUGGGUUUCUCGAAAGUCGAUAUCUUUCUGGUGUGGAAAUGGAUGAAAAGAGAGGGGUUUUGUCUGAACCGGCAUCGAUUUCUCCGCUUUCGGGACAGAAGCGUGUCGGAGAUGGUUUAGAAGAGAGAGAUGAAUUAGGGUCUAAACGUGCUAAAGUGCGAGAUCUGGAUUCUGAUACUAAAAUUAGUAGUGGACAGAUGUCUGAAGUGGUUGUGGCUCCUGCUGCUGAAGGUUUAGGAAGGGUAGUAGUGAGAGAAAAGGAUGUUUCCGCUAAAGAUGAUAAUAGAUUGGUUGCUAAUUCUGGAAAACAGGCUUUGGAUGAUAGUAAAAGUGAGUCACAACGAGGAGGACAAGUUGAUGCUGUUUCUAAAAAUAGCAGCCUUUUGAAACCGAGGGAGGUUUCUGAAUCCGUUGUUGUUGUUAGUCCACGAGAUCCUUCGGUUUCAAAUCAGAUGUGUGGUGCAGAGGGUUCACUGGAAAAGUCAGAUUCGAUGCGGCGGUGGAUGGAAAUGAAGCGGAACGGUUUUCUCUCUGGCCCUUUGGGUGGAGUAUCAGCACCGAGCUCUGCAGCACCUACUACUCCUGUUGAAGUACCUGCGCAAAAGCAGCAGAAGAAUAAGAGACGAGGCGAUUCUGUGAAGAAGAGAAACGAAGCUCCUAGGAAGGAACAGCAGCAGGUGGAUAGGUUCUCGAAUGUUACCGCGCCAAGUGGAUUGCUGACGGAGCUGAACCCGGGGAUCAUUAACCAUGUCAGGAGUAAGAAACAAGUCUGCUCUAUUAUUGAAGCUUUGAUUCGAAAUGCUACCGUGGGGGAAAGAAAUACUGAUUUGAAUGUAAGAGGUUCAGUCAGAGAAGAUAAGGCAUUAGCGUUUAAGUUACCAUCUACCGGGGCAUCUGAUCAUGACAAUUCCUUUACAACCCCGGAACAAGCCACGUCUCUUGCUGUUCAAGCUGCUAGCGUAGCUUCUCAAUGGUUGGACUUUCUUCACCAAGACCUCAGUGGACGGCUUGCAGCUGUGCAGGAAAGUAAGAACAGAGUUCAUAAUAUCUUGACGGCCGAGUUACCACUUCUCGUUUCAUCAAAAGAGUCUUCUUCUACAAAUGUCUCUGGUGAUGUUACCUCUGAUAAAACAGCAACGGAGACGCAUCAUAUUAAGUGGUCUGCAAAAUUUGAUCAGAUUAAGAAAGCUCUUUGUGAUGAAGAGAAAGAUCUGGAACAGUCAUUAAACCAAGUGAAGGAAAUGCAGUCACGAUGCAACGAAGGUCUACGACAAAUGGAUGAGUACUCGCCUUUCAGUUCUCAGUCAUCAGAUUCAAGUUUUGGGAAAGAUGGUAGCAGUGUGGAGACUAGUAUGGCGGUUCAGGCGGCUGCAGCUUCUAUUUUUUCAACCUGCAGUUUUCUUCUGUCCAUGAUGAAGCCGCCGGCUACUAGUUCCUAAUCUGGAGACUAGUGUGACUCGACCACGGCUAAUCCCACAGUCUAUUGUCUUUUGUGUUGGUUACCAUAUGUAGUGUAAAUAACACGGGAUUGACAGUUUUUGUCAGUCGUAUAUGUAACAUUAGAAGACAUCUGUUUUUAUCAAUGCUACAAAGUUAGCAUUUGCUUCAAUA